AAGGAAGAAAAAAAACGAAAAUUACAUUAACUAAGAUGGCUGUGGGAGACGGAGGAAAAACGAUGCCAGAGUAGAACAACAAACCUCACAAGUACACAGCAGUGGAUAUUUAUUACUGGUCUGCAGCUCUGUUUCAACCGGACGUCUGUCUUUUCACCGGAGAACCGACCAGCAGGGUCUGAGAGACAACAUCACUCUGCUAACUGUUUGCUAACAAGUAGCUAACAUUAGCUACCUUUUACUGCGGAAGGCGAGUUAGGAGAAGACUAGCCUCCAAGGAGAAGCAGACAAGGUUCAAAACAAAUAAGUGACGCAUCAUUUCGAUACUUUUAACGGAGUUAGGUGCCCUCAGGUGGGUGUCAGGAAAGUAUCUUUACUUAUAAGCCGGAAGGCUGGAGAGGUGUCCUCUUUGAAGCCAUGGCUCACUCCCCUAUUGGACUACCGGGGAUUCAGAAUUUCAAGGCUGAUCCGGAGGAACUUUUCACCAAGUUGGAGAGGAUAGGAAAAGGCUCGUUUGGAGAAGUGUUUAAAGGCAUCGACAAUCGGACUCAGAAAGUUGUGGCUAUUAAAAUUAUUGAUUUGGAGGAGGCCGAGGAUGAAAUAGAAGACAUUCAACAGGAAAUCACAGUGCUCAGCCAGUGUGACAGUCCCUUUAUCACCAAAUAUUUUGGUUCCUAUUUAAAGGGCACAAAACUAUGGAUCAUUAUGGAGUAUUUGGGUGGAGGAUCAGCUCUUGAUUUGUUGGAACCAGGACCCCUGGAUGAAACCCAGAUUGCAACAAUCCUGAGGGAGAUUCUGAAAGGGCUUGAAUAUCUUCACUCUGAAAAGAAAAUACACAGAGAUAUCAAAGCUGCCAACGUCCUGCUGUCUGAACAAGGGGACGUGAAGCUGGCAGACUUCGGUGUGGCGGGUCAGUUGACAGACACGCAGAUAAAAAGAAACACUUUUGUUGGAACACCUUUCUGGAUGGCACCUGAGGUUAUAAAGCAAUCAGCUUACGACUCAAAGGCAGACGUCUGGUCAUUGGGUAUAACCGCUAUAGAACUUGCUAAAGGAGAGCCACCUCACUCUGAUCUUCAUCCGAUGAAAGUCUUAUUCCUCAUCCCAAAGAACAACCCACCAACACUGGAAGGAAACUACAGUAAACCACUUAAAGAAUUUGUUGAAGCCUGUUUAAACAAGGAGCCCAGCUUUAGGCCAACAGCCAAAGAGUUGUUGAAGCAUAAAUUCAUUGUGAGGCACGCCAAAAAAACGACCUACCUGACUGAGCUCAUCGACAGAUACAAGAGGUGGAAGUCAGAGCAGUCUCAGAACGGCUCCAGCUCUGACGAAUCUGAUGAGGAGUUGGAUGGUAAGGCUUCUGGAGGUGAAAACUCCAGGGAUCAGGAUAAAUGGAACUUCACCAUGAAGGAAAAGGACCUCAUUCAGCUUCCUGAUAAAGUUCAAAAUGGAGCAGCUCAGCCUGCAGAGUUAAAGAGGAAGCAGGUCCAGGAAUGUCCAAAGCCCUCCCCAUCACAAAGCCUGUCAUCAAUAUUCUCUCCAUUAUUUUCCGAGCUGAAAGAAAAGGGUGAGACGAGUAAUGGUAAGCCUGAAACUGCCGAGGAGCUGAGGAAGGCUAUUUUCCUGGCAGAUGACAUGCAUCCAGGGAUCUGUGACUCUCUGGUGGCUGAACUACUGCAGAGACUUCAGAGGUUUUCUGUGCCGCAGGCCGCUCAGUGACAGGAGGAAACAUUCCAGUCUGUUCUACCUUCACACCCUGGUGGCAGCAGUCGGAUCUUUCCUUCUGACCUCCAAAGCUGAGAUGAAGUCUCCUGAGAAGGUCUCCGUCACUCGUUAGCCUGAAGCUACUCCCGGCCUAGUUACCGUCUGUUCGUAUGCGACGGCAGCACCAGAGGGUUCUGUUCAGGCCGGUCAGUGGUUGCUCAUUCAGCUGCCACCUGCUGUAUGACGUCUCAUCUGUGUACCUCUUUCUCAGCUGCUUGGUUUUGAGGCAUAACUUUUUUCUUUUUUUUCUUUUUUGGAGGGAGGGUGUAUAAAUUUUUGGCUUUUUCCCACCAGGGUUUACACUCCUUGUUGGAGAAAGUUCCCUGCUUAAUUAAUGGUGUGCUUGUGCGUGUGGCUGUGAAACGUGCGGUGAAGAGUGACGAGUGGUUUAAGGCGUUCAGUUGAAAACUCAGGUAUUCUGCUUUAAGUAGAUUGGGUCCUCUGGGAGAUGGAAGGAGCUUUAACAGGGUGGUUGUACAGACUUGUAAAUAAGCUAAUUUCUACAGAUUUCAGAGAACAUAAUAGGCUGUUUGGAACGAAUGUGUUUAAGAAAACAAAUGGCCGAUUGAAAAGUAGAGGUAGUGGUUGUCAUGUUCACGUAAGAUUGCCUUGCCUUUGUCUUUGGUCUUUUAUAUUUGUCAUUGAUUUUUAUUUUUUUUUGGCUUCAGUUUUAAACCCUUUUAAGUUAUCAUCCUGCGAAUGAAAAUGGCCACCCCCUCUAUCAUGCUUUGCUUUUGAUUUGCCAUAACUUCGCUUUGACUUCUUUGGAUUCACACUUUCUGCAGUGGCUGGAACAAUGUAGUAGAAUGUAAAAGCUGGCUGGAUGCUUUUGUUUUUCCAGCCUUCAUUCCAUAGCGGGUGGGGUUUUUUGUAUUUGUGUGUGUCUGAUUGCUCAGAUAAACUGAGGUUUCGUCCAUUCAUUCCAUUUAUAUGGCAGUGCCAUCAUCUAGUUCAUAGAUCAGCAGACUCUGUCAGUCUUCCUAGGAGCUGCAGUGGUACAAUCUCCUCAAUGUACCUACAGCUUUAAUUGCACUUCAAGUAUAAAUAAAUGCCUUUGACUAUAAACAAAGUAGCCAUAAAACAGUAGCAUGACACUUGCAGAUCUUUGCUUCAUAUUACAGUUUGGGGACAAAGUCAGCCUGAGCUCCCACACCUUCGGCUCUGGGUUUUGUCAUGCAGAGUAAUAUUUGCCUUGUUGAAUAUUUCUAUUUGGGGCUUGUGGGAGGUUUUCUAGUUGCUCAGUAAAUGCAUGACAACUUCUCACACAUUAGAUAACACUGCUGUCAGGUGUUCAUAUUAAAGCCAUAGUUCAUGUCUUCUAUAGUGGGGUUCUGAGAUGUUUUGUUUAGUUAAUAUCUUACAUGUUGAAGAUAGGUAAGGAAAAAUGUAGAGGAAUAAAGUUUAUUUCUGACCAGAUAAAUGAGUUAGACACACUUAUAGUUACAAUCCACUAAAGGAGAAUCUAAGCUCCACUAAUGUUAAACUGCUAAAUAGAUUAAAAAAAUAAAAUGGUGGAAGCCAAUGCUAACCGCUAAAACGUCUCCAUGUCAGUGUGUCCCUCACUCUGUGGGUGUGAUUGUGAGCAGAUCGUCAGCACUAAACUUCAACCGUUGUGGUGAAAAAGACUAAAAGCCACUGUGGUUUUAAUCCUCCGGUAGUCUGACCUUUUUUUUUGUCACGGCACAGUUUAUCAGUGCACGUGUAACUGUGGGCGGUCGCAGUUUGUCUGAAGCCUCCCAGGCUAUCUGCUCUUUUUAGACGGCUCCGUCCAGCUCAAGCUGUGUGCGCUCGUCUCCUUCACCUCGCUCCAAGUUCUGCCUCGACUCUGCCAAUCUUCAGGCAGAGGUCUGCAGACGUUAAAAUCAUAAGCACUCAGUGCUCUGUGUCCCCUGCUUAGAACCACCUCAGAGGUGGUUCUGAAAGCGCAGUUGGAACCGGAAAGGGAGACGCCUUUGGCCGAGACUGAACCAAGAAGACACACAUACUGGGGUUGAACUCAGAAGGUUCUCAAACUGGGUUCCAGGACCCCCAGGGUCCAUGAGCUAUAGCUUGAGGGUCCCCAAAAUAAAUUUCUGUUAAUUAUUAAAUUUGGCAUUUCAUUUUAAAAAGUGCAUAUUUACACAUAAGGACCAAUAGGCCAGUAAACAAACAAAACUUCACAAAAAAAAAAACAUUUCCAUGGCAUUUAGUGGUUGAAAUAAUUUUUAAUCAUCAUUAUGUUUUUGAAGGAGUCCCUGGAAAUGUCUCUCCUCUGAAAGGGGUCCCCAGACCCAAAGUUUGAGAAACCCUAACUGUUUCCAAAGCUGGCAAAAAGCUAGUUCACUAAAUGAGAAACUGAACUGUGCCCACCACAGCUUUCCACUGAACCCCACCUCCGAUGACCUGAACUAAGGCUUUAGCACAAAGCCAAGAGGUUUUCAGAGACCAGCUGCACUGUUACUCCUGACUGUAGUUUUAAAGGAAUGUGCAUGAUAUUAUUACCAAUAUAAAGCCUAUAGUUUGGCCUGAGCAGUAUGCGUUGUAGCAUACUGGAGCAGGAUCCAAAGAAUGUUGAGUCCUGAACACAGAUAAAACAGCCUUAWAGUAUUUGUCAUAAAUGGGAGGAAUAUUGUUAUCCUUAAACAUUUUAGAUCAAAUGUUUGUUUUUCUGUGACGUCUGUGUUUUCACCCCUCCUGCAUUAAAAUGCACAUGUAGCUGUUCUUUACCCAAGACAUCAUAAAARAUCAAAAGUUGUUCAUUUUAUUGAAUAAACAUUUUUUGUAUUUGAUUUGCUUACAAGGUGGUGUAAAGAAAAUAGGUUUUUAUUUUAUUUUAAAUAUCAGGAGUCAAGCAGGUGUUURAGAGCGAAUUGUGCAAGUUAAAGGAACAGUUUAAAGCUUUUUCAUUCCAUAAGUAAAACUUUAUCAGGUUCGUAUUUGGUUCAAACCGGUGAUAAUUGCCUUUAUGUAAACACUUUUACAGCAGAUGUUUUCUAUCUUAAUAGUUUAGCAUUUACCGGUGUUURCAAUGCUGUGCAAAAGUCUUAAUUCAUCUUUCUUUUUUUGCGUUUUGUCUCCAAGGACUUAGACUUCACUUAACAGACAUUUAAAUCACAAAAAGGAUCYGAAACUUCGAAGGUGGUUUGAAACUUUUGCACAGUACUCUGCAUCAUAUCUAUAAUAUCYCUCUUCAUUCUCUGUGUAAUAAGACGCCCACGAGAACAUCACUUUUAGAAAUGUGUUGAAAUAAUUUUUAAGUUCUGAAAUUUAUAAGAAAAGCUGCAGUUUGGUUUGUGUCAGUCACUCACAGUAGCUGUUAAAUCCCAUCUCUUUCAACAUUUUAUAUCCUGGUAAAACUAAAUAAAAUGAGAGUUCACUUAUAAACAUUUUUAGCUGUGCUGAUUUUUAUUUUUAAUAGAUGAGAGGAUUCUUGAAAUGUUUGUUUAACUUGUAAAAAAUAAACAGACUCCUUUCUUUUAUCGUCACCAGUCACCUCCCAGCUGGGUGAAAAGAGUUUUACAUUUCUGUGAAAAAUGCCUCUUCAUUUCAGCUCGUCAUGUGAAAUCUGCCAUGGAAGUGCUCUGCCCCUCUGAGACGAAAGCAGCACAGUUUGCACCUUUCACACGGUCUGAUAUGGAUCUGUUUAAGUGUUGCACUUUUUCUAUGUUCUUAUUUUUGAGUUUUGAACAAAGUGGUACUUAAUGUUAUUAUGCUGCAGUUAAAUCUUAUGUUUGUUGUCAGUGUCCUGAUACAAAUUGGCAUAAAUCCAUUUAUUUUUUUAUACCCCGUAGAGAGCAGUAUUAUGUAUCAGAGGAAGGAAAAGUUUGUGACGUGUUCAACUUUUAUUUGACACUGGAAAGCAAUCGUUUUUAAGAWUAAAUGUACAUUUUGUUUUGUGUGACUUUGCUGGCAGUUUGUAGUCCAGUGUCCAUGUUUGCUAAUUCAAGACAGUGCUGUUAGAUUUACUGAAAGCUGUCAAAUGAUUAAGAACAAAAAAUAAAAUAAAAGUUCUGUAUAAAACGGA